UGUACUGUGUAGCUUUGAGCGAAAGAUGAAGGCUUUGUCUGGGUUUUACUCUCUCAGGCAGACCCAUUUCUUACUGGCGUCGUUUCUAUUGGAACGUGGUCGAGUGUUGAUCAGUCUUUGAGUCUAUUUCCAGAACCCUAACAAUGUAUUUUGAAGGAGCUUCUCAUUGUGAUGAGGAAGUAAUUAUAUGAGAUAGCGAGUAGAUUGGGGAAAGAUGAAUUGAUGCUACCACUGAGUCAGAUGGAUAGGAGUGAGUGAGAGUUGAAUCUGUGAAACAAUGAUCUCUCGCUUUCCACCUAGUACAAUGGGCACUCAAUUACUUGCUCUAACAUUCCGUCACCCUUAAUGAGAAAGCCAAAGAAAGCUACUGAAAUUGAGAAGAUGGCGGUGGUUUUUGCUUAUGCUCAUCAUUUGCAAGGCAGUUCCGUGUACCUUUACAAGGACUCACCACAAAUGUCUUUUAGAGACCCCAGGUUCUGAACAUCAGCAGCACGGUUUUCACAUUUGGUUCUCUCAUCGGUAGAGUUGUCAAAGUUGCUAUGGAUGCUGUUGAAGGCGCUUUUACCACCACUCUACUCAGGGUCAUCAUGCAUGAGCAUCAUGGAACGUAAGUAAGAGACUGAAAUGUGGUUGCUUGAUGAUUGUUAUGUGUUUGUCUAUCAAAAGCUAUAUUAAUUCCGUUUUUGUGUUUUGCUCAUGGAUAAUUAAAUGAGUCUCUUCUCAUGUGGUCUUCUUUACCUUUGAUUCAACCGCAUUACGCUUGCUGAUUCAGUUUCCUGUCUUGGAUGGUUCUGCUAUCUACUUUAAUUUCUAGCACGACAGCAUGUAAGUUUCCUCAUGUCCAUAUUCGAUUUACUGACUGGUUGGUUUAUGUUUAACAUUGGAAGCUCUACUGUUCAUGGAGUUUGAGAAAGUGGCCAUAAUUGGCCCUCAGAGAUCAACAUUCACCUGUGUAGUAGCUCCGUGGCAGAGAGAUUCCCUGGAAGCUUGCCUGACGAGCUGAGAUUCGCCAUUAUGUCAUCUGCAACCUCCAAAGUGUUCAUCAUCAGAGAAACUUCAGUCACCGAGCAGUGUAACAAGAAGCUUAAGAGAGAAAUGAAGCUUGUGUCUGGUUUUAUUCUCAAGCAGACCCAGUACUUAACGUCAAUUUCCAUAACUCCAAUUGAGCUUCAGAGUUUGUUGUGGAAGUAAUCAUACGAGAUAGAGAGUGGGUUGGGGAGAUAAAGUGAAAGUUCACUGAGACAGAAAGAUAUGAGUGAGUGAUAAUUGAAUCUGUGACACCAUUACAUAUUGAAGAUCUCUGCAAGGUGCAGAUAUAAAAGUACAUAGGCUGGAGCUUAGUAGCUUUUGGGGAUUAUUUGUGGUGUGUGGAGGGACAUGCUUUCUUGCUCUUGCAUUGUAUACAGUGUUGAUGAUACGUCAAUGUUCUGAAGAACCAGAGGCUAUGCCAUCUAGGGAGAAGCAGCCUGAAGAUAUCUCUGUCGGUGGUCCGAGUGGCUGCAACUAAAGUGGUUCCAGCAAAUACAAAUAAUAUGCAGGAGAGAGACCUUUAUGCUCUAGCUUCAUUUUUUUUUUGGCGUUGUCGACAUCGGAACAUAGUGGAGUUUUGAUCUGACUUUGAAUCAUCGGAACAUAGUGGAGUUAUGGGCCUCUAUCCUAGUACAAUUAGCCAUUAAAAAAUUGCAAACACUCGUUUCUUGGGGUUUAGAAAGUUAAAAGGAGCUUUUCACAGUGAUGAGGAAGUAAUCAUAUGAAAUCGAGAGUGGGUUGGGGAAAGAUGAAGAAUAUGAGUGAGUGAGAGAGUUGAAUCUGUGAACGCUAUUACAUAAAGAGGAUCUCCACUAUAAUGGGCACUCAAUUACUUGCUCCACCAUUCCCUCACGCAUAAUGAGAAAGUGAAAGGAAGCUGCAGAAAUUGAGAAGAUGAAGUGGUUCCUGCUUAUGUUCAUCAUCUGCGAUGCAGUUUCCUUACAAGGACUCACUAAAAUUGUCUCUGCUAGACCCCAAGUUGUGAACAUUGGCGCGGUUUUCACAUUCGAUUCUCUCAUCGGUAAAGUCAUCAAAAUUGCUAUGGAUGCUGCUGUUGAAGACGUAAAUGCUAGCCCCAGCAUUCUUAACACCACGACACUUAAGAUCAUCAUGCAUGACACAAAAUUUAAUGGAUUCAUGAGCAUCAUGGAACCUCUACAGUUCAUGGAGUCUGAGACAGUGGCCAUAAUUGGCCCUCAGAGAUCAACCACCGCCCGUGUAGUAGCUCAUGUUGCAACAGAACUAAAAAUUCCUAUACUAUCCUUCUCUGCCACAGACCCUACUAUGUCUCCUCUGCAGUUCCCUUUCUUCAUCAGAACCGCACAAAAUGAUCUCUUCCAGAUGGCCGCCAUAGCAGACAUUGUUCAAUUCUAUGGUUGGAGAGAGGUGGUAGCAAUAUACGGCGAUGAUGAUUACGGCCGAAAUGGGGUAGCUUCCUUGGGAGACAGGUUAGCGGAGAAGCGUUGCAGAAUAUCAUACAAAGCAGCUUUGCCCCCCAAACCUACUAGGGAGAACAUCACCGACUUGCUGAUUAAGGUAGCUUUGAGUGAGUCAAGGAUCAUCGUCAUUCAUGCUUCUUUUAUCUGGGGACUAGAGUUGUUCAAUGUGGCUCAGAAUCUCGGUAUGAUGAGCACUGGUUAUGUGUGGAUUGCUACCAACUGGCUUUCUACAAUCAUAGACACAGACUCUCCGCUGCCGUUGAACACCAUAAAUAACAUUCAAGGGGUCAUUGCACUGCGCCCGCACACCCCCAACUCUAUCAUGAAGCAGGACUUCGUUCAAAGGUGGCAUAACUUAACCCAUGUUGGACUGAGCACUUAUGGACUGUAUGCUUAUGACACUGUCUGGCUGCUUGCUCAGGCCAUUGAUGAUUUCUUCCAAAAAGGUGGAAACGUAUCUUUUUCGAAGAAUCCAAUUAGAUCUGAGCUUGGGGGUGGAAAUUUGCACCUUGAUGCUCUGAAAGUCUUUGAUGGAGGAAAGAUAUUUCUUGAGAGCAUCUUACAGGUUGAUAGAAUCGGCUUGACUGGUAGGAUGAAGUUUACUAGAGACAGGAACCUUGUCAACCCAGCAUUUGAUGUGCUUAAUGUCAUUGGCACUGGUUACAGGACAAUAGGUUACUGGUCUAAUCAUUUAGGCUUGUCUGUGGUGCCGGCUAACGAGUGGAAGAACACAUCUUUUUCGGGACUAAAGCUUCAUAGUGUUGUCUGGCCAGGACAGACAACAAAAAUUCCCCGUGGAUGGGUGUUCUCGAAUAAUGGAAGACAUUUGAGGAUUGGAGUUCCAAAUCGUUACAGGUUCGAAGAGGUAGUCUCAGUUAAAAGCAACGGGAUGAUCACUGGCUUCUGUGUUGAUGUCUUCACUGCCGCUAUUAACUUAUUACCUUAUGCAGUUCCGUUUGAGCUUGUAGCUUUUGGGAAUGGUCAUGACAAUCCAAGUAACUCUGAGCUUGUGCGCUUGAUAACGGCUGGGGUCUACGAUGCAGGUGUUGGUGAUAUUACCAUCAUAACAGAGAGAACCAAAAUAGCAGAUUUUACUCAGCCCUAUGUGGAGUCAGGCCUAGUGGUUGUGGCUCCUGUUCGGAAGUUGGGUACCAGUGCUAUGGCGUUCUUGAGGCCGUUCACACCCCAGAUGUGGCUUAUUGCAGCUGCGUCUUUCCUCAUAGUCGGUGCUGUCAUUUGGUGUCUGGAGCACAAACACAAUGACGAGUUUCGAGGCUCUCCUCGUAGACAAGUUAUCACUACUUUCUGGUUCAGCUUUUCAACUCUCUUCUUCUCACAUAGAGAGACAACCACCAGCAAUCUUGGAAGAAUAGUGCUGAUAAUUUGGCUAUUCGUAGUUCUCAUAAUUAACUCAAGUUAUACGGCGAGCCUCACAUCAAUUCUCACAGUUCAUCAGCUGUCUUCGCCAAUCAAAGGCAUAGAAACUUUGCAAACAAAUCAUGAUCCUAUUGGGUAUCCACAAGGCUCCUUUGUCAGAGACUAUCUGGUCCACGAACUCAAUAUCCAUGAGUCAAGGCUUGUCCCUCUUCGCUCUCCAGAGGAAUAUGAUAAGGCCUUGAGAGAUGGUCCAGGAAAAGGUGGUGUUGCUGCUGUUGUUGAUGAACGUGCUUACAUAGAGCUUUUCCUUUCAAAUAGAUGUGAGUUCGGCAUAGUUGGUCAAGAGUUCACUAAAAACGGAUGGGGAUUUGCAUUUCCGCGUAACUCGCCUUUGGCGGUGGAUGUCUCCGCGGCAAUUCUGCAGCUAUCAGAAAAUGGAGAUAUGCAGAGAAUUCGGGACAAAUGGUUGCUGAGGAAAGCAUGCUCUCUGCAAGGCGCAGAGAUAGAAGUGGAUAGGCUGGAGCUUAAGAGCUUUUGGGGAUUGUUUGUGGUGUGUGGAGUGGCAUGCAUUCUUGCUCUUGCAGUGUAUACAGUGUUAAUGAUACGUCAGUUUGGGCAACAAUAUCCUGAAGAAGCAGAAGGAUCUAUCAGGAGAAGAAGCUCACCAUCCGCACGUAUCCACUCCUUUAUCUCCUUUGUUAAAGAGAAAGAAGAAGAUGCCAAGACUCGGUCCUCUAGGGGAAGGCAGCUUGAAGAUAUCUCCGUUAAUGGUUCAAGUCGCUGCAACUAAAGUGUUUCCAGCAAAAACAAUGCACCAAAGAGACCUUAUAAUGGCUCUAAUAUGUACUGACCCCUCUUUUUGUUGCUACACAUGAGAUCGAGCUCUGUUUUGAUUUUAAUCUCAUGGCCACUUUGAGUAAAUAAACGCUUCUAAAUGUUUCUUCACAUCACAUGGUGACAAA